AUGACUGUCCUCCCAUAUUGUUACCCUAUCAACGUGGUCGACGAGGCCAAUGGUACGCCGACCAUCCCGCCGCAUCCACUCGGCAUCAAACCACUGGGCAACAAGUACUUCUGGGAUGGCCAAGAUGCUCGCAAGUGCUUGGGGUUGCUGCAGGUGCUGCCGGACGAGGUGAUCAUGCAGAUGCUCGAGUUCCUUGAUCCGAAGACUUUAAGGCUGCUGGGCUACACGUGCCGUUUCCUCUUUGCCUGCUGCAUGUCGGAUGACUUGUGGAAGACUGUCUUUCUCGACAAGGUGCCUUUAGAGCUUUUCACCAAGAACAUCCCAGCUGCCAACCAGAUUGACCGGUUGGAGGACAUGUCAUAUGAAGAGUUUGCAGCCAACUGGAGCAAGAAGCCCUUCAUCCUGACUAAGAAUAUCACGGCAUGGCCAGUGACGAGCCAGUGGACGCUAGAUACUCUGCUCCAGCAGUACCCCGACGUCGUCUUCCGCGCCGAGGCAGUCGAUUGGACGUUCAAGACAUACUACGACUACCUGAAGAACACCAACGACGAGAGCCCGCUGUACCUGUUCGACAAGAAGUUCGCCGAGAAGAUGGGACUAACCAUCGGCAAGGACCUUCCCGGGGCAGCGUACUGGAAGCCGGAAUGCUUCGGCCCGGACCUUUUCGAGCUGCUAGGCGCCGAACGGCCAGCACAUCGCUGGGUCAUCAUUGGUCCUGCGCGCAGCGGCUCGACAUUCCACAAGGACCCCAACGCGACGAGCGCUUGGAAUGCCGUCAUCCAGGGCGCUAAGUACUGGGUGAUGUUCCCGCCGUCGGCGCAGGUGCCUGGUGUGAUUGCGUCGCAGGACGGUAGUGAGGUGACGAGCCCCCUGAGCAUCGCCGAGUGGUUACUGGUCUUCCACCGAGAGGCUCGUAGGACGCCUGGCUGCCGGGAGGGCAUCUGCCGUGCGGGCGAAAUCCUUCAUGUCCCGAGCGGUUGGUGGCAUCUGGUCGUCAACUUGGAGGACGGCAUCGCGCUGACGCAGAACUUUGUGCCCGAGGCGCAUCUGAGCAGUGUGCUAUCGUUCCUGAGGGACAAGCCUGAGCAGAUCUCAGGCUUUCGUAGGGAUAUUGAAAAUCCGUAUGAGCUGUUUGUCGAGCGGCUGCGUCAGGAGAGGCCGGAGCUGCUCGAGGAGGCUUUGCGGCAGUUGGGCGGCAAGAAGCGGCGGUGGGAGAGCAUUGUGAACGGCGACGACGGCGAGGGCGAGGGACAGCCUCAAAAGAGCGGGUUCAGCUUUGGGUUUGGGUUUGGCGACGACGAGCUUGAGGAAGAGAUACCCUGA